AUGCUGGUGGACAACAACGACGUGGCGCGCAUCGACGCCGACACGCGCGACAAGCUCGUGGACAAGUUUGGCGAGCGAUUCGACGAGGUGGUCGAGAGGAGCGCGCGAUGCACAAAGUGGCAAACCACCACGACUCUUCGCGAAGCGUUCCGACAGUGGCCCAUGUCGGUCACCUGGUCGGUACUCUUCUCGCUCGCUAUCGUACAGAUUGGAUAUGACUCCUCAAUCCUUGCUUCAUUCUUCGCGCAGCCGACGUUCACGGCGAAGUUUGGCACUUGCAAGACCGCCGCAGAUGGCUCGCAGGACUGCGAGAUCUCGGCGCCCUGGCAGCAGGGUCUUACCAAUGGAGCGUGGAUCGGCGGCAUCAUCGGUCUCCAGCUCGCUGGCAGCGUGGCUGAUCGCAUCGGCCAUCUGCGUCUGAUGAUGAUCAGCGUCGUUCUCAUGCUCGCCUUUGUGUUCAUCCCCUUCUUCGCCACCAGCCUGCCCGUCUUCCUGGUGGGCCAGAUCUUCAUGGGUAUCCCCUGGGGUGGAUUUCAGUCGCUUGCCUCGGCAUACGCUUCCGAGGUGUGCCCCGUGUCGCUGCGUCCGCUGCUGACGACGUACGUCAACCUGUGCUGGGUGUUCGGCCAGCUGCUUGCUUCAGGUGUGCUGCGUGCGACCGUCCAGCGUACGGACGUGUGGGCGUGGAGGAUCCCGUACGCGGUGCAGUUCUUCUGGCCCUUCCCCGUCUUCAUCACCUGCCUCUUUGCUCCCGAGUCGCCGUGGUGGCUCACGCGACACGGCAAGCACGACAAGGCCUACGACUCGCUCAACCGCCUCCUCAGCGGCGAGGGUCUUGCCGAGAAGGAGAAGGACGAGCUGGUCAAGGACUACCAGGCCAUGAUCCAGUACACCGAGGCCAUGGAGGAGAUCAGCGAGAAGGAGAACACCGCACAGAAGAAGAACCGCUACAUCGACUGCUUCAAGGGCGUGGAUCUGCGCCGUACCGAGAUCGCAUGUUGGGCAUGGCUCAUCCAGAUCACCUCGGGCGGUCCGCUGCAGGGCUACUCGACCUACUUCUUCAGCCAGGCGGGUCUGUCGACGGUCAACGCAUUCAACAUGUCGAUGGCCAUGUACGCGCUCGGUGCCGUGGGCACCAUCCUCUCGUGGUUCCUCGUGAACCGCGUAGGACGCCGACAGAUGUAUCUGUACGGCCAGACGGCCAUGUUCUCGACCAUGCUCAUCACCGGCGUGCUCGGAUUCGUCAAGCAGACUGCUGCCGUGUCGUGGGCGGUGGGAGCCAUGCUGCUGCUGUGCACGUUCUUCUACGACCUCACCGUGGGACCGAUCUGCUUUGCCAUCAUCGCCGAGGUCUCGUCGUCGCGACUGCGCAGCAAGACGAUCGUGCUGGCGUGCAACGCCUACAACAUUGGACUCAUCGUCGCCAACAUCCUGCAGCCCAACAUGCUCAACAGCGACGUGUGGAACUGGGGAGCCAAGACGGGCCUCUUCUGGGCCGGCACCGGCGCCGUCUCGAUCAUCUGGACCUACUUUAGGCUUCCCGAGCUCGCAAACAGGACCUACGGCGAGCUGGAUGUGCUGUUCGGCGCCAAGGUGCCCGCUCGCAAGUUUGCGACGACGAGCAUCGACCAGUUCCAGGCGAUCGAGCACGAGGUGGCAUCGGCCGACGUCGAGAAGUCGAGCGUGUCGGACAAGGGAGGCGUCGAGGCGGGCGAUGGCAUCGCCGUCGCACAGCUUCCCAAGUCGCAGUGA